CGGUCGAAUCACAGAGUGAGCAACAUAUUUCGACCGGUGACGAUGCGGUAACUUGUUUUUAGUCUUUAGAUUGCCGUCAACGGGUACGAAUCAAUUGAAAUGGCAAAAGUAUUUUUCGGACAAAUAAUUCACUCCAAAUGUUUAGACAAUUUGGAACUGAUUACAGAUGGUUUCGUCGCAGUUAAGAAUGGAAAAAUCACAUCAGUUGGAGCUAAGUCGGAGUUUGAAUUGCUUCCGGAAAAGGAGUCGUACGAAGUGGUUAAUCUAACUGAGACGCAGUUUUUGCUGCCCGGUUUUAUCGACUGUCACAUUCAUGCGCCUCAGAUACCCAACAUCGGGCUGGGUUUGGACAAGGACCUGCUGGGCUGGUUAAAUGCCUAUACCUUUCCCUUGGAGUCUCAGUACAAGGAUGCCGGAUUCGCUGAACAGGUUUAUCGUACCGUAGUGCGCGAUACGCUCGCUAGUGGCACAACUUGCGCGUGCUAUUUCGCCACGAUCUACAACAACAGCAACAAGGUGCUGACAGAGGAGAUAAUUCGGCAGGGACAGCGUGCUUUCGUCGGUAAGGUUUCAUCGAACAGAUGCUGUCCGGAUUUUUACAUUGAAAGUGGAACUGAUGCCUCGGUGAAAGAUAACAUUGAGUUUAUCGAAUACGUGCUUGCCAAAAAUAAUGAACGAGUUAAGCCCAUAAUUACACCACGUUUUGCCAUAAGCUGCGAUAUGGAAUUGAUGAAAAAACUAGCUGAACUGGCGGAACGAUACAAGUUGAACAUACAGUCCCACAUUUCGGAAAACUUGGGAGAAUUAGAUGCUGUUAAAGAGUUUUUCCCGAAAAACAAGCAUUAUUCCGAUGUCUACGAUGAGGCUAAUCUGUUGACCAAUCGCUGCGUAAUGGCCCACGGAGUUCACCUGGAAGAUGAUGAACUGCAGGUGCUGGCCAGCCGGGGGACAUCGGUUGCGCACUGUCCCCUGUCGAACACCUGUCUCGGAUCGGGAAUGUGCGAUGCGAAACGAUUGCUAGCCGCCCAGGUUAAGGUCGGUCUUGGGACGGAUGUUUCCGGAGGAAAUCGUAUCGCAAUGAAUGAAGUUAUCAGGGCCGCCUUGGGUGUGUCGCAUCACUUGAAUGUUAUGAAGAAGCAGAACGUGAAGGGUACGGGAAGCGUUGAACCGACCAAGGACCAUACGGAUUACGUUCCGUUGGACUACAAGCAAGCGGUCUAUUUGGCCACACUGGGUGGAGCUGAAGCAUUGGCCAUCGCGGACAAGGUUGGAAACUUUCUACCCGGAAAGGAGUUCGAUGCACUGCUGGUCGACACUUCAGUGUAUCCAAUCAAUCGCUACCAGCUUCCUUCGGCACUAACCGAAAAGAAAUCCUCCGAAGAUAACCUACUAGAAUUGCUGCAAAAGUUUGUCUAUGUGGGAGAUGAUCGCAACAUAGCGGGUGUGUUUGUUUCGGGUCAAAAAGUCAAGUAAAGCGUACACUAUUCUUGUUUAUAAUACAUUCCAGCUGAGCAGCUAUAGCUGAAACA